GACAAUCUGAACCUUGACUUAUCAGAUGACGAAGAGCUGAGAGAGCAACUAGAUAUGCAUUCUAUCAUCGUUUCCUGCAUCAAUGAAGAACCACUGUUCACAGCUGAGCAGGUCAUUGAAGAAAUAGAAGAAAUGAUGCAGGAAUCUCCAGAUCCAGAUGAUGAUAAAACACCAACCCAGUCAGAUCGUCUGUCCUUACUCUCCCAAGAAAUUCAGACUCUUAAGAGAACCAGUACAAAUCACAAUUACAAAGAGGGAGUAAAUAAGCUGUCUGUGACUGAGUUAAAUGAUCUCUUAGAAGAGAUUGAGACAGCCAUCAAGGACUAUUCUGAAGAACUAGUGCAGCAGUUGGCAUUGCGAGAUGAGCUGGAAUUUGAGAAGGAAGUGAAGAACAGCUUCAUAUCAGUCCUUAUUGAAGUACAAAACAAGCAAAGAGAACAAAAGGAAAUGGCAAAGAAGAAGAAGAAGCUGAAAAAUGGCAGUCCUCAGAAUGGCAAACAAGAGAGAGGUCAUAUGCCUGGAACAUACUUGACAACAGUUAUUCCUUAUGAGAAGAAAAGUGGGCCUCCAUCCAUUGAAGAUCUCCAGACAUUAACAAAAAUUCUUCAUGCCAUGAAAGAAGAUAGUGAGAAAGUGCCAAGCUUAUUAACAGACUACAUCUUGAAAGUUCUGUGUCCUACAUGAAGAGUGUUGUUUAGGAGGAAAGACAACCAUGCUAAUUCCUGUGAAGAGGAUUGUUUGAAGCCUUUCAGUUUAGUUCGGCACUGUGUUGACUUCUAAUGUGUUUACUAUUUUCAUUGCCUGCUUGGACUUUUGGAUCAUGAAAUAAGUUCUUAAGAGCAUGUAGAAUGGUGCUGUUAGCUUUUUUUCCACUUAACCAUGAAGUAUUCAGACAAAGAACACAGACUGUACAGUUUUACUCACAAACAUCGCUUUGGCUUUUCAGUACUAUUUUUUACAGUAUAUGGCAUGUAAUUAAUCUCCACAGCCAACUUCUUUGAUGGAGGAAGAAUAAACUUUUGUGUAAAUAAUAGAAGCCUAUCAAGUUUGACUGAACUUCAGUCAACAGUAAUGGGUUGUUGUGUUAAUAAUGCAAUCAAAAGCUGAACCCGUACUGCAAAAAUUCUGUGGAAGUUCUUCAUCGGACAUGUCAACAUGGGAUCUAGCACUGAGCUUCGGUUUUGUUAAUGUACUAGUACAAGCAGUAUUGUCGUGUGUUUCCUGAUUCUCAUGAACUUUUCAGCAACCUUUAGAAAUAAAAAGUGGUGUAGAGCAUUUGUAUCCAUUCCUUGUUGGUUUGCUUGACAAAUAAUUGACUAGGAAGUUGCCCAGCACAAGCCCAACUGAAAUAAUUUGGACAGGAGAACUUCCUUGUAGAUUUUUCUCCAAAGCACUGUCUCGUCACUUCUAUUUCUUAAACUUUAUUUAAAACUGAUUUAGUUGGAGUGGAUAUCUUGCUGCUCUUGUGCGUUUUUAGUCUCCAUGUUAAACAAAUGUUUGGCCAUAGUGUAACAUUUUAUAUGCUACAGUAUGUUAAUAAAUUCUUUUUAAAGACUCA